UUGAUGAAGAAAGACCCGAAAGCAAGGGAAAAAUCAUUGCCCAAAUACUAAAAGAAUAUAGUCAACCUACCAGAGAUAAUUUUGCACAUCCCCUCCUCUUAGCCAAGGGAGCAAUUCGUGAAAGAGCCCAAUCUGCUCAGCAAGUAGAGAAACUAAAAAGUCAAAUUCAAAAAUUACAAAAAGAUCUUUCUGAAAAACAAGGAACCGAAGCUGUUCAAUUAACAAAUAAAAUCCAUUCAUUACAAAUUGAAUUAGCCAAAGCGGAAGGUGAAUUAAAAGCUAAACAAGAAGAGAUUGAGAGGAAAGACAAAACUAUCAAGAAAGCAAUUGCUAAGUCCAGCAAUCAAACUAAUACAACCAAUAUUCAGCAAAUUGCUUCACCUAUUAAAGAAAGGAAAGAAGGAGGAGAUGGUAGUAGUCAAUUAGGAGAUAUUGUCUUAAAUAUAAAAGUUUUAGAAAAAGAAGUAAUUAGUUAUCGACAAGGGGCAAAAGAAGAAAAUGAAAAACAAGAAGAAAAUCAAUUAUUGGCAGCAAUUCAAGUGGUAACGGAUAAUUAG